CUUGAGCACUUCAAUUCAAAGAGCCCCUGAAAAAAUUCGGCUGAGAUGGAAAAAUGUCAACAAUCAGAAGCUGCUUGCCCUCAUGUUCUCGUGUUGCCCCUCCCAAUACAAGGCCAUGUAAACUCAAUGUUUAAGCUAGCUGAAUUGCUAGCUCUCUCUGGCUUCAAGGUCACCUUCCUAAACUCCGAGCACAACCAUGAACGCCUGGUCAAGUACACGAAUAUUACUGCCCAUUUUGCAAGAUACCCUGGAUUUGAAUUUAAGACCAUACCUGAUGGUCUCCCUGAUGAUCAUCCGAGGACAGGUGAAUGGUUCCUGGAGAUGUUUGAUGCCAUGGAAAUGAAAACCAAAUCAAGUUUGAUAGAGAUGCUUCUCAAUAUUAGCCCGCCUGUCGACUGCAUAAUUGGAGAUGGAUUUUUAGGCUUUGCCCUUGACGCUGCUAAUGAGCUUGGAAUCCCCAUCAUUUAUUUUCGUACCAGCAGUGCUUGUUGCUUCUGGGUUUAUUACUCGAUCCCUGAUAUGAUCCAAGCUGGGGAGCUUCCUACCAGAGAAAUGGAUCGCUUGAUAACAACUGUACCAGGCAUGGAAACUUUUCUUCGAUGUCGAGAUCUUCCCAGUUUCUGCAGAGCAAGUAACAUGACAGACGCAGAUUCAAAAAUCCAACUUAUUGUUAAAGAGACACGAAAAACCCCUCAAGCCCAUUCCUUGAUACUAAACACGUUUGAAGAUCUAGAUGGGCCAAUACUAUCUCAUAUACGCACCAAAUGCCCUCAUAUCUACGCCAUUGGACCCAUCCAUGCUCAACUAAACACCAGACUAAGGGAAAAAUAUGGAGAAUCAUAUGAUCACUUCUCGAAUAGCCUUUGGGAAUUGGAUAGAAGUUGCAUUUCUUGGCUUGAUAAGCAACCAAAGCAAUGUGUUAUCUAUGUAAGUUUUGGUAGCGUUACAACCACAUCAAGGGAGCAACUUACAGAGCUUUGGUAUGGACUUGUUAACAGUAAAAAGAGGUUCUUGUGGGUUAUAAGGCCAAAUUCGGUAACUGGAAAAGAUGGCCGGGGGGGGGAUGUUCCGGUGGAGCUAUUGGAGGCGACUAGAGAGCGAGGCUACAUUGUAGGUUGGGCACCGCAAGAGGAGGUCUUGAAUCAUCCGGCUGUUGGCGGGUUCUUGACUCAUAGUGGAUGGAACUCUACCUUGGAAAGUGUGGUUGCAGGAGUGCCUAUGAUUUGUUGGCCUUAUUUUGCUGACCAGCAAGUAAAUAGCAGGUUUGUGAGUGAAGCAUGGAAAAUUGGGCUGGAUAUGAAGGACGUGUGUGAUAGAAAGGUUGUGGAAAUGAUGGUGAAUGAUCUGAUGGUGAAUAGAAAGGAGGAAUUUGUCAAACCAGCGGCCAAAAUGGCUAAGCUAGCCAAUGAAUCUGUUAGUGUUGGUGGAUCUUCUUAUUGCAAUUUGGACCGUCUAAUAGAAGAUAUUAGACUAAUGAGCUUGAAAAAACUAUGAGAACUCAUAGGGCAAGCAAUCUUCCAAGUUGGAAUAUGUUUCAACUGUUGAUAGAUCAGUGUCUGUUUUUCUAAUAAGCUUGGCUCCACCAAGAAUGUGUCAUCGUUUAUA